ACAGGAGCAGCUGCUUGGUGGGGUUACGUUGUCGCUUGAAUUCUCUACCUUCUUGCGUGCUAUGCGCUGACCGCUCACUGCGCUGCUACCACAGUCUAUCGACAAGAUGCAUUCAUACGUGCGACCAAAUCAAUUCGUCGCCUUCAAGCUCCCGUCCGAUGCGACGAGGAUUCAGAAGGUCGUUCCUAAUACACAAAUAUCUCUAGGAAAAUACGGCACUUUCCCCGCCAACCAAAUCAUCGGCCGUCCUUUCUACCUGACCUUUGAGAUCCACGAGACCCCGGGAGAAGCCGACAGCACGUACCUCCGCAUCGUCUCCGCGGCCGAAAUUCACGCGGAAUCGCUCAUCACAGAGGGCGAAGGCGACGGCGACGAUAUCGAGCUCAACGAAGAUGGCACGCCUGUGCGGUCGAACCGCGAAACCAUCGAUGACCGAUCAACACAAAAGCUCACGCUCGAGGAGAUUGAGGCGCUGAAGAAGGAGAGCACGGGGGCUGGCAAAGACAUUAUCGCGAAGCUACUCGAGUCCCACCAGGCUUUAGAUCAGAAGACGGCAUUCUCCCUGGCCAAGUACAAGCUGCGCAAGGAGAAGAAAUACAUGAAACGGUUCACGAUCCUCCCACUAGAUGUCAGUCUCUUGGCGAAUCACAUGCUCGAGGAUAAGGAUGCUGCGAGAUCAUUGGAAUUGCGCGACGAGUUGAUCGGUCUGAUUGGAUGCUGGGGUAACGUGCACCACGGGGGAAGCACCUCUUUUGAUGAAACUGUCACGUCGAAACCAAACGGGCGUUAUCUCGUCGUCGACGACACGGGUGGUCUCGUAAUCGCAGCCUUGGCUGAACGGAUGGGCAUCCUUUACCCCCACGACGGUGAUUAUGACGAGGAACAACAGGACGCUAUUGAAAGGCCGGCUGUCGCGGAAGUGGAUGAGGCCGAGAAGCCCCAGGAUGGAGACGGGCAAUCCUCUGACACUCCGCGUCGGCCUCGUCGACCACAUAUGUCAGCCUCAGGAAACACCAUCACUCUUCUCCAUGCCAACAAGCAACCGAACCUCAGUCUUUUGAAAUACUUUGGCUACGACCAAGACAGCCCGAGCGAUACUCACCCCCUAUACACGAACUUGAAGACGGUCUCGUUCAUGCAGCUUUUGGAUCCCAACGCAGACAACAUCUAUUCCGAGGAACCCCCUGUUGUGCCCGAGGAAGAGCUGACUACAUACAAGCCAAGCAAGCGCAGUGGAUAUCACCGGAAACGAGGACGCUGGAUGCGGGUCCGCAGGGUCGUGGAUGAUGCUCGGGCUGGCGGGUUUGACGGUCUGAUAAUCGCUUCUUUGAUGGAUCCGAGCAGCAUUAUGAAACACACUGUUCCGCUCGUGGCCGGCUCGGCACCAGUCGUCAUAUACUCACCGACCGUCGAACCAUUGACGGAAGUGAUGGACCUAUAUUCCACCGCCCGGAAGAACGCCUAUAUUGCACGAAAACGAGAAUUGAUGGAGCAGAAGGAAGAUCAGCCCGAAGAUCAGAACGAAGAUGGCGGAAAGAUGUACCCCGAGCUGGAGGAGGAGUUCACCCUUGAUCCCACAAUGUUGCUCGGGACGACGCUGCAGACGUCCCGGGUACGUGCCUGGCAGGUGCUUCCUGGGCGCACACAUCCGUUAAUGUCAGGGCGUGGUGGUGCCGAGGGGUACAUAUUCCAUGGAACUCGGGUCCUCCCUGCGCACGAGAUCAUCGAGGCUGCUGGUAACCCAGGCCGGAAGAGGAGGAAGAUUGCAAAGCCGACGGAGACGGAAACGCCGACCGCCAGCGGAGAUGGCGUCGAUAUUGAGAUGACGUCGUGACCUACUUCACUUCCUACAUUAUUCCCCGUGUAACAUAGCACUCCGGCCAUUGGCAGUUACCAUGUGACAUUAUUGCUCGACGAUAACGAGAUCUUCCCGCUGCAGCAGCGAGGAAUACGAUGGACAGACCUGGUCUAUCGAACGGAAUGAUACCACUCUGAUCUCAGUCAAAACGCUUCAUGUUGAAAUAUGCACAGAGUAAAGACAGGACUACGGCCCGACGUUGUUCAUACGCUGAGUUGUACGCCGCUAGAGAGCAAACAAAAGCAGAUCUAUCUUAGAAGCUCUUUCCCAU